CAGAGAGAGAGGAACCUGUGUGAGUGGGUUGGACUGAAACCUUCAGGAACAGAAGAGGAAAAAAAACAGCAGCAGGAUGGUGGAUCUGACUUUAACUGCAGGAGGCUGACCAUCAGCUGUGACCUUUGACCUUCACAGUUGUCUACCUGAGAGGGCGGGGCCUGAGGAACCAACAUGGCCGCCACCUCGUCGCUGCUCAACAGAGGUCUGGGCCUGGUGCUGGUGGAGUUUGAGUACGAGUAUGAGGGUCGUGACGGUGAGAUGGUGUCCAUCAAACCUAACGAGCGCUAUGUUCUGCUGGCGAAGACUAAUGCCCACUGGUGGCAGGUCCGGAAGGACGCUGGCUCAAAGCCCUUCUACAUUCCCGCCAAGUAUGUCAAGGAGCUGCCACCGGACUUCCCCUCGCCGCUGGACUUCGCCGACCCACCCAGUCCAGAGCCAGUGCUGCUGCCUGUAGCAGCUCCGGUCCCAGUUCCGGUCCCGGUCCCAAAGCCUCUGGAGGAUUCUGGGGGCAGCAGGACCAAAGCGGGGGAUGAGGUGACCAUCCGGCUGCGACCGGACGCCGCCUCUAGGCACCACAAGAACGAGAACCGCAUGUCCACAUUUGGCGUGCCGCUGGACUUCCACGACCCGGCGCCGUGGCGUCCCAGCAGCCCCCCUGCUGCUGCGGACACUGGUGCCACGGCACCCGGAGAGACUACAAACACAACUGAUGGAAAAAAGCCAGCCCACCUGGAUGACCCGGUGGAUUCUGGGAAAUCUCGAGUUCCCACUUUCAGCCCGGCUGAUCCGGUCUCCACACCGCCACGCCAGAACCUGCCAAUCCCAGUAGAGACACCUGUGGUCCCCCUCUCAACAACGGAGCCUGCAGGUCGCCAUGACGACCAGGAGUCUGCGAUGGAGGAGGAGGUGGCGGAGGAGGAGGUGGCGGAGGAGGAGACGAGCAGCGAGGACGGCGCUGAGGACAAUCACAACCACAUCUAUGAGUCCAUCCAGGACCUGAACCUGGACCUGGACGCUCUAAUUGGAGGACGAGAGAGUCCCGGAGCUCCGCCUCCAUCUGCACCGGCCCCGCCCCCCACAGAGGUCGUCACCUCACCCAUCUAUGCCAAUGUCUCCCCCCUGAAGAAAACACUUCACCCGUCUGCUCCUGGCCCCGCCCUGCCCUCCCCUCCUCCCUCUGACCUCGCCCCGCCUGCAGGCCACACCUCCUCCAUGUCAGGCUCCUCCUCCGGGAUGUUAAGCCCCGCCUCCCCCAUCAGCCCACAGGACGGAUGGCAGACCCACACUGACCAGGACAGUGGGAAGGUGUUCUACUACCAUCCACUAACCAGACAGACCACCUGGUCCGAACCACACAGUACCCCAGAACAGAACCAGACCAGAGGACCACUGGGCUCCCCUCUGCUGUCCCCGGCCUCCUCCCAGGGUUCCUGUGUCUGGGAGCAGCUGGUGGACGAGGUGUCAGGGAGGUUCUACUACUACAACCACGAGACACGAGUCACGUCCUGGUCUUUACCGGAGUCCCCCUCCUCCCCUCCUGGAUCCAGCCGGGACAUCGGGCCGCCUCCGCUGCCCGAAGAAGAUUAUCCAGCAGAGAAUGACAGCAACGUGUUCACUCCGAAUCCUCAGCAGCAUGUAGGUGUGAUACCAAGAGCUCAGCUGGACCUGAAGGACCCGAUCGGCUCCCAGUGGAGGCAGCAGGAGCUGCUACAUUUGCCUCAGAGGAUGAUGGGAAAUGGAGUUUCUGAGGACGGUCCUGCACUACAGAUCAGAAACUGGAGACACAGUGUGGCCGAAGACACGUUCACUCUGAGCCACCGCAGGAACUUCUCUGAUGUCACCGAGGUGUCCAACAGAAGACUCUCCCCCGACAGUCAACAGAGCCCCCUGCUGGAGAAAGCAGGAAUCCUCAACAAGACCAAAGUAGCCGAUAAUGGAAAAAAGAUUAGGAAGAACUGGAGUCAGUCCUGGACUGUCCUCCACGGAGGGAUCCUCACGUUCCACAAAGACCCCAAGUCUGCCCCCGCUGGGAACGCUAGUAAAGCGUCCCAGAUUGUUCCUGAAUACACCGUCGAACUCAGAGGUUCUUCAAUUUCUUGGGCCUCCAAAGACAAGUCGUCCAAGAAAAACGUUCUCGAGCUGAAGACUCGGCAGGGUUGUGAGUACCUCAUGCAGUACGACACUGAGAGCAUCAUCUGUGAUUGGCUGAAAGUCAUCCAGGACACAAUCAGACAGCUGGAGCUGGAUCAUCUCUCUGAGGAUGAGGAUGAAGCUUCAGACAAAGAGGACAAGGACAGGAAGAGAACCUCCACAAGGACUUCAUCGGGAGACUCUGAGCAACGGCGAGUUCGAACCAAGCUGCGACGUUUCCUCCAGCGACGGCCGACGCUGCAGAGCGUCAAAGAGAAAGGAUACAUUAGAGAUAACGUGUUCGGCUGCCACCUGGACACUCUGUGCCACCGAGAAAACUCCACCAUCCCCAAGUUUGUGGAAAAGUGCAUCCGAACGGUGGAGAGGAGAGGUCUGGAUGUUGAUGGGAUCUACAGAGUGAGCGGGAACCUCGCUGUGAUCCAGAAACUGCGGCACAAAGCCGAUCACGAGGAGCAGCUGGACCUGGAGGACGGACAGUGGGAGGAGAUCCAUGUCAUCACCGGAGCUCUGAAGCUCUUCCUCAGAGAACUACCAGAACCACUGUUCCCCUUCAGCUGCUUCGACAAGUUCAUCGCAGCCAUCCAGGUUUCAGACUACACUCUCAGAGUCUCCUACAUGAGGGACCUGGUCCGGACUCUGCCUCUACCCAACCACGACACCAUGGAGCUGCUGUUCAAACACCUGCGCAAGGUGAUCGAGCACAAGGAGCAUAACCGAAUGUCGGUUCAGAGCGUCGCCAUCGUGUUCGGACCCACGCUGCUUCGGCCUCAGACCGAGUCGGCCAACAUGACGAUCCACAUGGUAUUCCAGAGCCAGAUAGUGGAACUCAUGCUCAAUGAGUUCCAGACCAUCUUCUCUGAGAGCUAGAACCACCUGGAGCUCCUCUGUGACCUUCAAGAACCCUUUGAGGAUCUCAUGAGGCUUUUUAUCAGAACUGCCAAAAACCUUCCAACACCAUUUUGAAACUUUACCUCCUCUCCAAACCAAGUUCAUGUGGACUUAAUCUGCUGAUUGCAUGAUGUCCCUUCUGACCACUGUGGCUAAAAUCAUCCGAGUAGAACCUGAAUGGAACCACCUAACACCAUACUGGUUCAGAAACACAACACUAAGAACAAACAUUCUGGGAACUGCACAUCUCUCUUACCUUUGUGGAUUAAAUGAUCCAAGUAGGACCUGUGUGGAACCCCUUAAACCUUGGACAGAAGCUUCAAGGAAACUGACCAAAGCCACGUAUUUUUCUGGCACCUCAAAACUAUAAAACAUCUCAACGCCAGCAGAAACUGGUGUAGCUCUCUGGACACAAACAUCCUUUUUAAUAGGUUCUGUGGAUAUUUAAGUUUACAACCAAGUCAAGGCAGAUCAUGCUGGCUGAGCUACAGACUUCUAACCACUGUGCCUUAAACACACUUAGUAGAACUUGAGCGGAACCCGAUAAAACCCUGUACUUGUUCUGGAAAAUUGACUCUCCGCCUCACUUCUUCAAGGACCAACAACAACAACUUUUCUAAUUUUCUUCUUUUUUCUUUUAUUUUUGAGAAAGCGCUGCUCUGACAGGUUCCAAGUCCAAACUCUCCAGGUAAUGAUCCUGGUAGAACCGCUUAGAAUCCUGGACUGGUUUUGAAAACACAACCUACAUCUGUGCUUCUCUUUGAAGAAAAAAGACCAAACAAAACAUGCAGUUCCACCCCACAGAUAUCUCGAUAUCUCCCCAUGAGUAAAACAAGUUACAGAUCCUAGGAAACUAGGAGAACUGCGGAUCUGAAUUCAUGUCCUGUUCUUAUUUCAUCUGACUCUUAAUUUUAAUGUCUAUAGACAUUCAUUUUCUUGGGUUUUGAAUGUGGAACCUAAUGGAUAGAUGAUGCCCCUUUCCAACCACUGACACUAAAAUGAUCCUAAUAGAACCUGGGCGGAACCACCUAAAACCCCGGAACAGCACCUUCAAGGCAACAGACAAAAUAAAAUAAAUUCCACAUCCUUCUAGAACCUUUUCACUCUGUGGACCUAAACAUCACCUCCUUUUUAAUAAAUCUAAACACUGUGACUUACAUAAUCUAGGAUGAACCCGAAUAAGAACAACUGCAUUCCUGGAAUGGUUUCAAAACCAUAAUCUGCCUGUCUGUUUCCCUUUCAAGACAGCAGACCAAAUAAGAAUCUAACAAAAAAACUCCCAAAGAAAGUCCAAAUAUUUCUGGAAGGUCUGGAUCCAAAUGUCUGGUUCAUAAAGGAUCAAACGUGGAACCUAUUUGUUACACUAUGCCCUUUUGACCACUGACUACGCAAAACCUGAGAGAAACCAUCUAAAACCCUGGACUGGUCCUACACCUAUAACUUCUCUUUUAAGAAACAGACCAAAUGAAACACAUUUUCUCACAUUUCUUAGUGACUAAAAUGAUCCAGUAGAUCCCUCUAGAACCCUGCACUGGUUUUGAAAACUCAGGCAGAAUCUUUGCUUCUCUGUCAAGACAAACAACCAAACACUGUAACUUUAAACCCCCAAAUAUCUUCCAGUGAACAGAACAAGUUACGGAUCCUUUAAGAAAUAUGGAGAACUCUGGACCUCAACUCAUCUCCUAUUCUCCUAUAACUCUAUGGAUAUUCAUCUUUGUGGGUUCUGGACGAACUACUAAAUAAUACAAAUGUUUUACUUUGGAAACAAACCAAUCCAGUCAUUUCCAGGUUUUUGUAGAACCUUGUAGAACUCCGGACACAAACAGAAUUUCUUGGGCCUGGUUCUGAAGGCUUAACUGGCACCUUCACUUUGCUUUCGAGGCAGCUGACCAAACAGAACACACCUGCUUUGCACCUGAGUAAAACCCCAAACCAAGUCUCUCAUGUUCCAUCCAAAGAAUUCUGGGUAAUUUGGGAAACUGGUGGAGCUACAGACCCAUCUUCCUCUUGUAAAAAAAAAUCUGUGGUCAUUCAAGUUGAAAAUGGACCAGCACCACCAGCCCUGAACUGACCCAAGAGCAACUGGAGCCAUCUACAACCAAUUAUACGACUGUUUUCAAAGACAUGAAACUUUGAGGUAUUUUCACCAGGACAUGAAGAGCACAUCACCUCCAAGGAGAACCGCCUCUGAACCUAAGCAACAGCUCGAUCUGAACAGGAUUUAUACACUUUCCAUGGAAAGACUUCAGAUUUUGGAUUUAUAUAUCCUAAACAAACACACUAUGGAGUUUUAUUCGCUGUAGAUACGAUACAGGAUUGUUUUUAGUCAAAUCUUAAAAUGUGGGCCUGAGAACAUAAAAGAAACAUUCACUAAGAGAACCUCAGAACAACAGAUUCAGACUAAAAAUGCUGCAGUUACUGAGUACCUGCUAGAACAAACUACUCAUGACGUAUUAGUUUCGUGAAAACUAGUUGUUAAACCGACUCCAUCAGUUUACUGCUAAUUCUUGGUGACUCUCAGCUCUCGUACUUUAUAGAUCUGCUUCAGUAAAUCUUUGUUGAACUUUUUUUCUGCUGCAUUCUUCUGUUCAUCAGUUCAAGCUGAAGAUCAACACUCAGCAGUUUACUGAAAAACAUAUUUUUACCAGAUUUUUUUCAUCUGAAAAAUAAAAAUACUAUCUGCAGCUAAUUUUUUUUAGUCUUUUAAAAAAAACUUUGAUGGACACCGAUGCCAGUUUAGCAAUUAUUUUCUGCUUUGAACACACAUCUUUUACUAGUUUCUUUCAUAAAAACGCAGCUACACCAGCAGGUACUUAAUAGCUACAUCAGCUUUUCUCCAGUCCUACAUAAUUAGCACCAAACUUUUAUUUACAGCUGAUUUUUCUUUUUGAAAAUUACAAAGAAAGUUUCAAAGAAAUUAGCUAGAACACAAAGUAUUUUCUUGUUUUUACUGACUCUAUUUUAUAUUCUUGAUCAUAUUUUCACAUUGACCUGUGUUUUUUUCAUUGUCCUCUGAUUUUAAAUUCAUGUGGGCAGUUUAAAGGAAAAGGUUUUGCACAUGAAAAAUAUUUUCGAAGACCGUUUGAAAAGAACAAGACCAUCAUCGUAAUAAACACCACAUUAUCAGUGAUGUGCAGCUUGGAGCUAACGAACCACGUGUUGUUUUAAGGUCGUGCUAAGCUUGGCUAAACACAUCUGAAAUGUGACUAUGCAAGAGAGGUUAUUUAAAUACUAAAAUCUAUCUUUAUAUCUGAAUGAUGUCUAAUAGAAUGUUUAGUGGACCAAGUAUGUUUCUCUGAGGAACUCCACAUCUUAUCAAAUGCAGUAAAGGAGCUAAGGAAAUCUUUCACUUUAUAUCUAAUAAAAAGGUUAGGUUAUGUUUUUCUGAGAAAAUUCAUGACUUUUUGAGGACAAAGGGGUCCGAGAAAUAUUAAAGUGAAUCUUGCAAUGGAGUAGAAAUUUUUAGGACCCAGGAUGUUUUCCUGAGGAACUCCGUUACCUGUUGAUAAAAGUGACUCCCAGAAACACUGAAGUGUAUCAUUGAAUCUAAAUAAAGCCUCAUAGGAAGUUAAAAAGGGCCAAGUACAUUUCCCUGAACAACGUCAGACUUUAUCCAUGACAGUGAACAAAAGGAUUUACAGAAAUAUUAAAGCUUAUCUUUAAAAUUAAGUAGAAUCCAACAGAAAGCUGAGGGAACCCAGAAUGUUUCCCUGAGGAACUGAAACAGAACACGAUGGGAUUUACAGGAAAUUUAAGUGUUUUUUAGGGUUAGAUUUUACAGGAACAUUUUUUACUGUUGAUUUUUGUGUCCUGCUGUAAUCUGUACAAUGCUGUAUGUUUUUAUAGUGGUGAGUUUAUAGUUAUUACAAAUACUGAACAAAGUUACCAUGGAAAAUAUAACAGGUUAAUUUCUGUACAUAAGAGGGUAUUUUACUGACUUUUAUUAAAAAUAAAGUUGAUCUGUAUGACAGUU